AAAAAUGUUUCUAAGAAGAAGAGUGACGUCGCUGACGGCCGUACGAAGGCUUUCUCGCCCGUAAGCAUACCAUAUGCAUUUGUCGCGCAUUGCCGGAGGUUGCAGAGCGCUCCAAAGAUCAUCCCCUCACAUCUCAUGGAAGCCGACAGGGAAGCGGCAGCAAACCAUAGCAGCCGAGGUGAGGCGAUCGGGGAUUGGACUCCACUCUGGCGCCGCAACGACGGCCCGGCUGCUUCCUGCCAUGGCCGGAGAGGGGAGAUACUUUGUACUCUCUUUGGGACGAUCAAGAAUCCCCGCAACAAUCGAACAUGCGGUGAACUCGCCGCUCUGCACCACGCUGUGUUACGGUGGAGCUAUGGUGCGGACGGUCGAGCACCUCCUCUCGGCUUUAGAGGUUUGCGGGGUGGAUAACUGCAGGAUCGAGAUUGAAGGGGGCGAAGAGGUUCCUUUUUUAGAUGGAUCAGCUAAACAUUGGGUGGAGGCAAUAGUACAUGCUGGCAUGUGUGAAGCAACUGAUUUUAAUGGCAAUACCAAUGAGAAAAUGGCACCCUUUCUCUAUGGUCCACAAUAUGUUUGCAGGGGUGAUUCUUUCAUUAUUGCAUUCCCUUCUUCGAAGCUUUAUAUAACUUAUGGAAUAAAUUUUCCCAAGGUACCUGCCAUUGGUUGUCAGUGGUUCUCAUGUUCUAUGGAUCCCGACACUUACUCAAAGGAAAUAGCAUCUUCAAGGUCCUUCUGCAUUUAUGAAGAGAUUCAACACAUGCAUGACGCUGGUCUUAUCCAAGGAGGGUCAAUUGAAAAUGCUUUAGUAUGCAGUGCCGUUUCUGGCUGGCUAAAUCCACCACUGCGUUUCAACAAUGAACCUUGCCGCCACAAGAUAUUGGAUCUUAUAGGGGAUUUCUCUCUUUUUGCACGGAACGGUCACCAAGGGCUUCCAUUUUCACAUAUAAUUGCUUACAAGGCUGGUCAUUCCAUGCAUGUUGACUUUGUACGUCGGCUAGCAAAUAUCUGGUGAAGCUUGAAUAUUGAAGCGAUAGGAGUCUCUUGAGUUUGGUUCUACUUAUCCUGAUGCACGCCAUUUUUUGCAGGAUGGAUCACCUUUCAUCAUGUUAUUAGCACAAACAUUAAGUGAUGAAUGUUGAUCAUAUAUAUAUAUAUAUUGAAUUUUGUUUAUAUU